AUGAGCUUUAGCCGCAAGCAGCUUACAGAUCCCGUCGCUCGGCGAGUUGGAACACGCGUACGACAACCAAACCGUUCGCUGGAUUUUGAAGCGUCUAACCUGGAAACACUUCGUUUCAAGAAAAAUUCAAGGUCUGGUCACCUAUCUACCGUAACCGCCAUUUCCAAUGAAAUUUCUGGCUUGCUUACUGAUGAUCAUAAUCUUCAGGAGGUUAAAGGGAAGCUUCCUUACUUGGACAACGCUUUUGAAAGAUUCAAAGAGGCCCAUCGCGAUUACGUCGAAGAAAUUCUGGAUGAGAACGCCAUUAUUGAGGAGCAACGCUAUCUUGAAGACAAGGAGAGAAAGGUUCGUGUGUUCCGUCAGGAGAUCAUCGAAUGGAUAAUUAAUAUUGAAUACAAGCUAUUAGCAGAGUCGCUUCGGGUGGGUUCGGCAGUGAAUCCCGAGGAUUCAAUUAGUUGUGCUGGCACACCAAUUCCUUCAGGUGCUUCCAAGGUUUCAAAACAUUCAAGUCGAGCAAGUUCACGUGGUGAUCGUGCUUCAUCAGUUGCAGCCGCGAGAGCCAAAGAAGCCGCAAGAAUUGCCGAGUUAAAAGCUGAAAUUUCUAUGCUCGAAAAGCGCCAAACACUCGAAGAGAAAAAGUUUCGUUUACAGCAGGAAGAAUUACGCCUUAACCUCGAAGCCGAAAUGAUCAAGACAACAGCUAAGGAGAGGGUCUACGCAGCAAUGACCCCCCCUUCUCUACCGGAGGUGAAGCCUUUAAAAUUGGAGACAGAGCUCCAGGAUCAGGAACCCCCUCGUACCAGCCCCCGCGCGAAAAGGUCUUUUCCAGGCGAGGUGCACCACCCAGGCCAGGGCGUGUCUAUGGAUUCUGUUCCUUACGGCCAGUUUGAUUAUCAAGCCUGUACAGUCGGUGAGGAUCUGAGAAAGGAAUCGAUUGGUUUGCAGCGGCAACAGACUGUUCUUCAGUUUCAGCAGAACAGAAUGAUGGAAUUGCUAGCGCAUAAUCAGAAUAGGAACAAACUUCCGCAGCCCCGUGUCCCUGUGUUUGACGGAAACCCUAUUGAGUACCGCACUUUCGUUCGCGCUUUUGAAAAUUUGGUUGAAUCCAGAACAUUUAGCAGUACUGAUAGACUCUAUUACCUCGAGCAGUUCACCGCAGGGGACGUUAAGGAACUUGUAAGAUCCUGUCAUCAUUUACCAGCGGAAGAAGGUUACGAUGAGGCUCGUAGGCUUUUGAGAAGGAAGUAUGGUGACGAUUAUCGCAUAGCAUCCGCUUACGAGAUGAAGGCCCUCGACUGGCCGAGCAUAAAGGCAGAAGAUGGUGUGGCUUUGAAUCGUUUCUCAGUCUUUCUCGCAAGUUGCAAGAACGCAUUGGCAGGUAGCCAGUACAUUUCUAAGUUUGAUCAGCCAGGAAACAUUCAAAAGUUGGUGCUCAAGAUUCCUUACAGCAUGAGAGAAAGAUGGCGUCGCUUAGCUGAUGACAUCAUGGACAGACAGUUAAGGCCAGUACAGUUUAGUGACUUCGUCGCCUUUGUUGAUCGCGAAGCACGAAUACUAACCAACCCAGUCUUUGGCAAGAUAUCCGAUACCGUAAGAUCGGCGCCUGGUCAGCGGUCCUAUGGUGGCAAGACAUCCAAUCCCAAGAAUCUCAGUCUCUUAGCACAUGUAGGCGAUAGUGAAGGUCAUACCAGUGAGGGUGUAAAGGAGCCAUGUCAACGCGCCGAUGGAGAGCAGAGACCUCAGACUCGCAAGGUUCAGUCAACUGGAAUCGAUCAGGGUCCCUCACAAGGGAAAAAUCGGUGUCUCUAUUGUAGCAGAAACCACGCCCUUGAGGAUUGUCAAUCAUUGCGGUGGAAACCCUACCAAGAGAGAAUUCAAUUCCUGUUGUCCAAAAAGCUGUGCUUUGGAUGUUUAUCCACCGAACAUGUCGCAAAGUUUUGCCCGCAGAGGAAAAAUUGCAAGAUUGCGAACUGUAAAGGACGGCAUCCUACUGUUUUACAUACAAGCCCUCGUGAGAGACCAGCUGUCGACGUUGGAGUGGGUACGGAAGACGUAAUCAGCACUCAAGUUUGUAGUCACAUGGUAAAAACGGGCACCAGUGCCAACAGUGAGACUUCAGGAGAGGGUCGUAGGACAGGCAUGGCCGUAAUACCAGUUAGAGUAAGAGCGAAAGAUAGUGAUAAGAGCGUCGUCACCUACGCCUUCCUGGAUAACGGUAGCAACUCCAGUUUCUGUACUGAAUCGCUCAUGAAGCAGCUCGGGAUUAAUGGUCAGCAAGUUAAGAUAUCCCUGUCUACUCUUGAGAAGAAAAAUAGCAUCACCAACAGCUUCCUGGUUCGCGACCUUCUUGUAUCCGAUUUGGACGAGAACGAGUGGAUUAGCCUCCCGACCCUUUAUACCAGGCCGGAGAUUCCUGUGUCCAGCAGCGACAUUCCAACUCAAGAUGACGUUGAUCAGUGGCCCCACUUGCAAGGAGUUUUUCUGCCUCGUCUCGACGCUGAGGUUGGCCUUUUGAUUGCUAGUGACGUUCCCAAGGCUCUCGAUCCACUUGAUAUCAAACACAGUCAAGACGGUGGUCCUUAUGCUUCAAGAACUCGAAUCGGCUGGGCGGUAAAUGGUCCCUUAGGCCGUCGUCACCAUAGUUCACGGUCAUCCACUUUUGUUGCUAAAGUCGAUCACCGGCUCCAACAGAUGAUAGAAGACUUCUACAACCGCGAUUUUACCGAUCCCACCGCUGAUAGCAAGACAGAGAUGUCUCAAGACGAACGUAGAUUUAUGCAAAUCGCCGAACAGACGGUGGAGUUGAGAAAUGGGCACUAUCAAAUCUCUUUACCUUUUAAGGAUCGCCAAACGCCUGUACCCAGCAACAAUGCUCAGGCCUGGCAGCGCGCCAUUUGGUUGAAGAAAAGGCUGGAAAGAGACCCGAAGUUGUACCAAGAUUAUAAGGCCUUUAUGGAAGACAUUCUCUCCAAAGGAUAUGCACGCAAAGUGUCCCCUGAUCAGAAUAGCCCCGCGAAGGGCACCGCCUGGUACAUACCGCACCAUGGUGUUUACCACCCUCGCAAGCCAGGAAAGAUCCGCGUCGUGUUUGACUGUUCGGCCAAAUUUAUGGGAAAGUCCCUCAAUGACAUGCUGUACAAGGGCCCGGACCUAACUAGUUCGCUUGUAGGAGUCCUGUUGAGGUUUCGUGAAGAGAGAGUGGCCGUCAUGGCGGACAUAGAGUCCAUGUUCCACCAAGUGAGAGUUCCCGAUCCUGACAGUUCCUUUCUGCGUUUUCUUUGGUGGGAGGAUGGCAACAUGGCGCGCGAAUUACAAGAAUUUCAGAUGGUCGUUCACUUGUUUGGAGCCAUUUCAUCACCGGCUUGCGCAAACCUCGCACUCCGCAAGACAGCAGAAGAUAAUCGUCACAGCUUCCCUCCUGACGUCAUUAACACAGUUAAAAGAAACUUUUAUGUUGAUGAUUGCUUGAAGUCCCUCCCUGGCGAGCAGAAAGCCAUUGAGCAUGUUGGCAGUUUAUGCAGUUUACUAUCACGUGGUGGUUUCAAGCUAACCAAAUGGGUCAGCAAUAGUCGUGAUGUUCUGCAAGCUAUCCCUGAGAAGGAGCGAGCAAAGGACAUCAAGGACAUGGACAUAGGGAAGGAAGAGUUGCCUGUUCAGCGAGCCCUGGGAGUUCAAUGGUGUGUAGAAUCCGACUCGUUCCGCUUCAGAGUCAACAUUAGCUCCCGUCCACCAACGCGUAGGGGUAUCUUGUCUCUAGCGAGUGCUAUUUUCGAUCCGUUGGGAUUCCUGGCACCGUUCGUUCUGACCGCGAAGGAAAUCCUUCAAGAUCUUUGUCGCAUUAAGCUAGGAUGGGAUGACGAGAUCCCGACUGAGUACACUGCACGUUGGGAAAAUUGGCUAGCAGAUGUUCCAAAGCUCUCGGAGUUUGCUGUGAGUCGCUGUUUAAGGCCAGAGGAUUUUGGUCCCGUUAAAUCCAGUCAGCUACAUCACUUCUCUGAUGCCUCAGAAGCAGCUUAUGGCUCAGUGACUUACUUUCGACUGCUUAGCCAUGAGGACCGAGUUCAUUGUUCCUUCCUGUUUGGAAAAUCACGCGUUGCUCCUUUGAAAACUAUCUCUGUUCCUCGUUUAGAGCUCUCGGCCGCAACCGUUUCUGUGCGACAAGACAAGAUGCUCAAGGAAGAGCUGGAGAUGCUUCCUAAUUGUGAAUCCGUGUUUUGGUCAGACAGCAUGUCAGUGCUUCGUUAUGUGAAGAACGAAAGUACGCGUUUCCACACGUUUGUUGCCAAUCGGGUUGCCGUACUACGAGAGGGCUCAAGUCCAGAUCAGUGGCGCUAUGUGGAAGGUGUAGCGAAUCCUGGAGAUUGCGCUUCAAGAGCGCUGACUGCCAAAGCAUUGUUGAGCUGCCAAAGAUGGUUACUGGGGCCGGAGUUUCUUUGGAAGUCAGAAGAAGAUUGGCCUAGGAACCCCUUAUCCCUUGGAUGUCUUCAAGACGGAGACCCGGAAGUGAAGAUGGUUUAUAAGGUUUGUCACGCUUCUGUUUCCGAGUCGGAGCAUCCUUUGGUUGAGUACUUUCAACGCGCUUUCCUGGCACCGAUUGAAGAAGUCAGUUGCAUGGUUUUUACGAUACCUUGGAAACUUGAAAAGGUCAAGUAA